AUGAGUAUUAGUGAGAAACUAGAGAAUGUUCUCAAAGAAAUCCAAAAUCAAAUUGAUAUUAUUGAUAGUCAUCUGAAAGAGAUUUCUUUAAAUAAUUAUGACCCCAGCUUUGAAGAAUAUUUAUUAUGUACCAAAGAAGAGCUUGAGCAAAAAAAAACUACUCUUGUUAAGGAAUUCUCAGAUAAUGCGAUUUAUGAAACUACUAAAAUAAUAAACGAUGACAAAUCUAAUUGUCCGGAUAUAGAGGAUACAGAUGAAAAAGCUCGAAAGCAUGAUGAAUCGCCAAGUAAUUACCCAAUCCCUGAUGAGAGUCCUAUUAGCGAAAUACUGAAUCUGAAUAAUCGAAAGCUAAAUAAAUCAUCAACACAGCCGCUGAUUUUUGCAGAUACUAAAACCCUUAACAGCCCUAAAUUAAAUGAAUCAUGAAUAAAAAAUAGAAGAUAUGAAAACCGAUCAAAUACUAAUCAUGAAGAUUCCACUAUUAAUCCAUUUGAAUUAUUAGAAGAAAAUGAUAUGGACUUGAAAUUAGAUUUUUCUAAACCAAAAACAUUGAUAAAACGCUUACACACAGAUAAAGAGGGGCAAAAACAAUUUAUUUUUAAGUCUGCAAGUUUAAAAUCAGAAUCGCCCAAAAUUUUUCAUAGAGAAGAAAAAGAAGACAAGAGUAAUCAAAUUUUUAAAUCAGCAAAUAAAGAAGGGCCACCCAAAAAUUUACAAAAAGAAGGAAUAGCAAUUAUUGAAAAGGAUCAAAAUCAAGCCGUUCCCAAAUCAACUAUUUUAGAAAAUGAUCCAGCUAAAAACUCUUUGAAAGAAAUAGCUGAUAGCUCAAAUGCAGAAAGAACAUCAGGCUGCUUCUCAAAACAUGAUUUGGACGUAGAGCUUGUAAAUUCAAUUGAUGAAUUAAUGAAAACAGAUAAGACACAGGAAAUCGUUCAAAAUAUUGAUAAUUUGCAAAUUUCUCAAAAUAAUAGCUCUUUAUCUUGAAAAAGUAAAAAGUUUCGCUUAUUCUUAGAGGGUUUUAAAAUUAAAUUUAAAAAAAUCCCAAAUAAAAGUAAGUAAAUAAAAUUUGAUUUAUAAAAUUAAUAAAUUAGCAAAAUAUAAUUAUAAUAGUUAUAUUUACUGCGAAAAUAUGACUAAUCUAAUAGCUUUGUUUGAUAACUAAGAGAGUAAGAAAACUAGCCAGCAAUUAUCUAAUAAUAAGAGUCCUGAGAGAGCUCAGCACAAUGAAAAGAUCCCCAGGAGUGACCGAAAUACUCAUAAAUUUGGCCAAAAUUCAAAACGAAGAACAAUAAAACCUCCAAUUACAAUUGAUAUUGAUAGAAGCAUAAAUGAAGAAAAUCUUGACGAAUUAAGCAUCUUAGAGCUUCAAAAAUUAAUAGAAACCUACAACGGAGGAGUUGAUAUCCAGAAAUCUAAAGAAGUUAUUGUUAAAUUAUCUGAAAUUAAAAACAAAGCCCAUGAAGAAAUCUUAAAAAUAAGGGAAAAAAUAGUAAAUGAAAAGGAGAAAAAAAUUGGAAAUUUUGAAUCUUUGCUGUCUCGACUAGCCACACCAGAUACAGAGCCAUCACCGAAAUCAGCUGAUGAUUGUAAAUCUAUUAUGGACGACACAGCUAAUAUUAAGCUAGGCUUGCCUCCUCUAUCAAGAUCAAGAUUAAAUCCAAAUAAUUCCAAAAGCAGCUCAAAUUCUCCAAGGCCAGCUACAAGUGAAAAUAUAAUCAAAGGAAAGCCUCCAACAAGCAGCUUUCCAAGGCCACAAACAGCAGUCAUAGAAAAGAAAGUUAACUCCCCCCUUCGAAAGCGAACAAAAAUAUUUAUCAGUUCACGGAGGGGGUUAAUUUUUUAUAUAUAAAUUUUAUUUUCGAAAUUUAAAAAAAUAUUGGUUUGUAAAAAUUGAAGGCAAAUAUUUAUUUAAUUUGUAAAAUUAUGUUUUAAAAUGCAAUUUGUUUAAAAAUUAAACAGAAUAAGCUAGAGAUUUUAUGAUACUAAUUAUCACUUAUAUAAAAAAUUGUUUUGUUCACUCACGGGGGGUGGAUUUUUGGGCAUAAAUAGGGUUUUUCCAAUGGUUUGUUCGCUUGGAGGAGUAAAAAGGUUUUAUUAGAAACUAAAAGUAAUGGAAAACCAAAUAAUGUGAUAAUUAGGACAAGACUUCAUCAAUCAAAUAGCCCUGCUAAGCAUCAUAAAACUAGCAACACAGGAGAAAUCAGAGUAGAUGCUCUACCUAAAAAAGACAAAACUGUAAGAAUUAUAUAGAAUGACAUGGUAAGCGUACUAGCUGGGCUGCCCACAAGAAUUAUCCCAGAUGUCAUAAAAUCCAUAAGAAGAUCACGCAGCUUUACAGACUUAAAAACUUCAGGCAGCACAACACCUAUUACAUUGUCCAAAAAACUCUCUAGAGCUGAGCUAUCUCCACAUGAUUAA